CUCGUCUUGCAUCUAGUGGUCGCUUUUCUCGCGGCGUCUGAAGCCGAGGUUGGCUGUCACACUGUGGCAGGGGGAGAAUGCAGUGCAGUCGCCUUGAAACAGUCUGCCUGCUCUAGCAGCGACGAGCAGUACCGAGAGAUGAUGGGACGCUGCUGUCCCGAGUGCAACAAAAACUCUGACUGCCAAUGCAACUCUGAGACCAAUGACUGCCCCUCGCACUCUAGCCAGCAUUUGAGCACCCAUUCUGGCUCAGUACUUCCUUCGACCAUCAAUCUUGAGCCUCGGCCAGUUACCAAUUCAUCGUUCAACCUGACUAUCUCCUGGGCUGAUGAAACAGGUACUGAUGCAUCUGGCUAUGAGGUUCGUGUAGAAGCGUCCUCACGUAGUAGCUUGAUGUCGGCUUCAAACUUACGCCUCGGAACAUUAACCACCAAUCAAUCAGGCAAUACUCAGCUAACCCUGUCCAACAUCUGCUUUGAUAAGGACAAAUCGUACCUGAUUAUUAAGGUCUCGAAGAAAGUAUCUGAAGGUUUAAAGGAAUUGGGGGAAACGGUGCUCCACAGAAGUGACUGUUAUAGCCUGUAUGAGGGAGAUACUGCACUACGAAAUAGAUAUUGUGGACCAAUGGUCUCAGAUACAUUGGAUACAUCUGAGGUCAGGAUCAGCUCAAAAUCUGAGGGAGGAGGCUUAUUUUCUGUCACGAUGUCAUGGCCUGUAGUGCCCCUGGCUGACAGCUAUGAUCUAAAGCUGGAUAAUGACACUAAAUACAGUUAUUUCAGUGUCAUAAAUACCACCAAAGUUAUGUUUACUGGUCUUAACACCAGCAUUGUCUACAAAGUCAGGGUGAGCACUACUUGGCCUGGAAGUUUAUUGUCCACGUGUUGGAUUGUUACUGGUUCCAGAUUCGGCCAUACAUGAAGUGUGCAGGGAUGUAUAGGACGGCAUCAUUUGGUCACCAUGUGCCACUGCAGGCCCUAUAAACUUACCUUGGACCCCAAUCCUCCGGCCCCCUCUCCCUCGCCCUCUUUAGACCGCUCAUAUUCGCCCUCUUCAGACCGCUCAUGUUCGCCCUCUUCAGACCGCUCAUCUCCCAUAUUUGCCUCUGCUACUCCUAACGUUGCAUGUGACACUAAACCUCACUGAACAUGUACAACGCUUAAGUCAACAACCCAACUCAGCAGCUAUAAUCGGACUGGCUCUCACUCUGUCUCUCCUGCUAGUUCUCCUGGCUACAAUUUCGAUUGUCAUCUAUCGAAGACGACGCAAAUCCAUCCAGCCAGCACCGUCAACACCUUCUCCUGCUGACACACUGUUACCUCAGACUCCCAACUCGCCUUUUUCACCUUCCCUGUCUUCCUCUCCGUCCUCUCCCCUAUUCUUUCCAACAGGCAAUGGCUACGUGCAACAGCUGCCAUCUGACCAACUAAAAGUACUGGUACUCUAUUCUUUGGACACACCAGAGGACGAGCAAACAGAAAUUAAUAAGCUGCUGUGUGGUGGGUUGGGGCAAUGUGGCAUGCUGGUUGAAACCCCGGGAACAGUCCCAAACAGACAAUUUGACAGGGAAAGGGUGGAGAGGGCUGUGGUAGAGGCGAACGCAGUUUUCUUUGUUUGUAAUGACCAGUUCUAUAGUGAAUGGAUGUCUGAAGAUUCCACAGCCGGUUGUGGGGGAGGGGCCAAGAUUGGGAGAGACGUCAGAAUGAUCAAAAAUGCCGCUGGCAAUUCCACCCUGGCCAAGUGUGCCUUUGUCCACUUUGAAGUUUCAGGCGAAGAACUUGUCAGGCGAUAUCCCAAGAUUGACACAGCAUUCAUUACGCGGUAUUUCAGCCUAUCCGGAGACAAGUUCAAAGCAGUACAGUCUAUUGCCAGCUUUGUCAAGAACAUUCGGAAGUAUGAACUGGGGACGCACUAUACAGUUUCUGAUGCCCCAUAAAAUUGGAUUCCUUGCUGCUUACGAAGCCUUGCGUCUUAUUGCUAUGUGUGUCUCUGUGUAACAAUGUUGAUUGGAUUUCCCUGCA